AUGCCUCCGACCCGUAAUACACAACCAAGGCGUCCAGACCACAAAUUUACCAGUGCAGCGGAUGUUAGGCGGAGUCUCGGGGCACAAGAAGAGUCUAGUCUAAUUGACGCUCUGACAACCCUACGCAAUCAAUUCACCGUCAAGCCCGACGAACCUUCUGUCUCUGUGUCUGAUGAGCGACUGCUGCUGAUCAAGGCCUGGUUGGAGAAGUCGCCUGGAGCCCAGGAUGUCUUCAAUAUAUGGGACACGGCAAAUCCACGUCAGAUGAAUCUGCUGUCGCUCGUCGUCAGCGUUCUGUCGUCUAUGCUAACUCUCCUUUCAGCCCACUAUUUGUAUCAACCCCUGGCACAACCUAUCGUCAAAUCGCUGGUCUCUCAGCAGUAUUCACAUAGACUGAACACGUAUCUGGGCGGGUCGCACAACGACUUGGUACUCGUCACCAUGAAGCUCUUCAACAGCCUCUCAAACUUCGCCAGUGGGAGGGAGAGAAAGGCCACAUUCGAGGUUUUCGCAUGGGAGACAAAGACCCUCCCUAGGCUGCUCCACAUGAGGCGUAAAGGCAAGUCUGACGACCACCUUGACAUUUUGUCACGUCCAGAUGGUACAACAUCGAGCGCCGUCAAGACCGCUUUCUUGGAACAGCGUCGCGAUAUUUUUGUCCUUCUGUUCAAAGGCCUAUGGCAAGACCAGUACUCACUCGUCCGCAAAGUCUUGGAGGUCUGUUGGACAGGAUUAUGGUCAGACCAGAAAGUGAGAAGAACGCUGAAGGUUGGCCUGUUCAAUGAGACGGUCCUCUCGCAGGUCAUGAGGGUGUACGAACGCGACGUUGCGGAAGACAGUGAUCUGGAGCAUAUUCCGGCCGACGUCGUUCAUCACUAUAUGCUGGCCAUUUGCACGCGCCCUGGCGUCGGAGUUUGCUUCAAGGACAGAGGAUGGUACCCGCGCGAGUUGGACCAGGAAGAAAAAGUACCAGAUAACACCCCUGAGUCUCCAGAAGAGGGGAGCAGUCGACGAAUUGGCAGAAUAUACAACAAGAUUCUUGCAAAUGUGCUGAAGAUGCUCAAGGUGAAUGAAGAUCCGCGCCAACAAGAGCUCGCGCUCAAGAUAUUGGCGGCUUGUCCAGAGCUCGUCGCUGGCUACUGGUCAUCGGCCGCACUGGCCCUCGAACCCCGCAACUCGUCCAAAUGGCUCGCCAACAUUGCGUUCUUUGGCACGGUCGUGUCAUUGCCCGUGCCGCAUUCCAGCUUCGUGCUGUCGGAGGCCUCUGGGAAGGCCGUGUACAACCCUGCCCCCCCGCCGUUGACCACCAUCGUAGAGAAUACCAUGCCAUCCGCACACAUUAAGGCGCACCUGUCACGGGGGCUGCAAGCCACGUCCUCCCUAGUACAACAUAGCACUGCACUCACUCUUGUAAAGUGCCUCAGGAAGUAUGAUGCAGUCCUACGCGCCCUUGAUGAAGUCGAGAACGCACUGGAGGAGGAUGAAGAGGGACAAUGGCACCGGCGUCGGAGUGAGCUCGAGCGGGAGAUCAGGAAGAGAGUCCCGGAGUUUCAGGUUGUCGUCGCUUUCGCACAGAAGCUCGCGGAUCUCAGCGCCGUGCAGGACAGUAUACAAUCUGUCCCCUAUAAUCCUGCCAAAUACGCCUUGCUCUCGGAGAUUGCGCAGAGGCUGCUGUGGUUGUACCAACGGUCUCUACCUUCGUUGGCCGCGGAGGCGCGCUUUGAUAUUGGGAAGCUGCUGUCCGUGCUUGAAGGAAGCCUUGAGGCGAGGGAGUCAACGUCUGAAGUCAACGCUUCAAACUCGGGUAUGGAUGUCCUUCGCAAGCUUCACGUACUCAGGCUUUUGAGUGAAAGCGACCAGUUCAACUGGUCCGGGAAGACAGGGACAUCACGCAGUAACCUCAACGUCCUCUUGCGCGGAUACGUCGCGACGACAAACAGGGAUAUACGAGCCGCGAUCACGCACCUUCUCCACCGUGCACUGUCUGCCAGUCUACUCUUUCAGCACGACCCUGAGGAAGUGGCCCUCUGGCUGGAAGCGCUCCCGGUCAUGACUCGCUGUCCCGACACUAGGACCCCCGAUGGCGUUCUGUUGACCAGCGAGCCAGACGCCGUCAUCUCAUUCGUGGACGAUUGCGCACAGCGUUGUUUCAAGACGCCGUACCGCUACCUGGAGAACUUAGAAGAGUUGUUCAGGAGUGCCGACAACGCUGCAGAAGGUGUCACUUUGGUCGCGGGUCAGUCCGAUCGGCAUCCCAGCCCGCUGCUUAUGACUAUACUCGAACAAUUUGAGGCCAAGGUGAAGGGCCAGCUAUUAUCUGCGUCAGACACGUUGGCUAUCGUGACGUUUAUCCGCAAACUCUGCUUGAAAUUGCUUAGCAAGAUGGACCAUGCUGGACCGCUAAGGGCGGUAGCAACAAGACUUAAUAACAUAAUCAUGGGGCAUCCGCAUGCCGACACCUCUUUGAUCCUGUCCGCGAUUCAACGAGAACUAGACUACCUGAAUUCGAUCCUCCUGCGUGUUGUGCGUCCGCGGUUGACGCCUAAUACCGAUCGCGAUGAACAUGUUGAGUCCUUCCUCGAAAUGGUGGAGAUCCAGGGUGAGACCACACUGCUGCCUCAAGGAUGGCAACAGUCCGCAUAUGAUCUCAUCGACUGGUACCGUGUCAUCAACCAUUCGAUGAAUAUCCAGCAAGCCAGUCGUCUAUGUCUCAUUAUCGAACAGCGGUCUAAAAAAAGCUUGCGUGAAUUCCUAAAAUACCUCAGGGCAGGUGAACUUCGAGUGUGGGAUUGCAUAGAUUUGGUGCGUCGCUAUGCAGAGUUGAAAGAUUGUCUGUCCUUCGACGUAUUAUUGUUUCACUCUGAUCUUGAUACCCUGGCCAAUGCUGGGAGACGCGAGAUCCUGGUACAAAGUCUUUUCAAAGAUGCGACUAGUCUGCGUGAUAUCGGAAGAGCUAUAACGCUCGUUCAUCAUGCCCUUUUGUCUUGUUGCCAAAAUGACGCUGCUGCUCCGCGCUUCCUGGUCGUUUUAUCAGACAUUGUCUCAACAGCUCAAAGCAGGCUAAAUGCCAAGGAGUUCUCUCUCCUGCACGUAGGGAAGGAUGAGCAACGAUUGAUCAGGGACUUCGGAGCUCGUUGGACAGUCAUGAUCAAGGAGAAUUUAUCUGUGUUGUCGUCUGAUGAAAAAGCGACAUGUGCCUUAUGGAUCAAGUACAUGGCAUUCGAAGACUUGCUCGUAUUAUUGGAUUGCACAUUGGAUCCGUCCGAACCUUCCUGCCGUCUCGACAGCGAGUUGCUUCAGGAACUACUUCAAGGGCUGUCGUACUUCGCAGGUGCAAACUCGUAUGUUAUGCAGCGAUACGCAGGCGCGCUUUGGCGCUUGCGUUCUCAGCUUUCACGGCCCCACACGCUUGACUCUAUUCUAGCCCAAGUGUUAUCUGGCAGCCUUCCCCUCGGGCUUGGCGGAUUCUUAUCCUCGUCUCCGGACGAAAGCAUGCUCUCUGACAUCAUCUUACAUGCUCAAAGACAUUGGGUGCAGCACGGACGAUUGUUUGAAUCCACCAUCGAUGUCGCUGAUAUUCUGUCCACGACGGAUUGGUCAGACAGCACAGUGGACGUCCUGCUCGGCCUUUUAUACACAGAAUCAGCUACCGAAGCUUCGAUCUUAUCCUGGCUGAAGGCCAGUCCCACUGCACCCUGCACAACAGACCAACUUGCUCGUAUUCUGCUUGCUUUACUAGAUUCACAACGCUUCAACGAGUUAACAUUGCAGGAAGACCUACAAUCCAUAGUCCCACACUUCGACCGACUCCUUAAAGCUGUUAUGUCGGGCAAGUAUUCCAUCGAUGCAGAAGCCGUUGAUACCUACACCACCUGCGUGUCUAAAAUGUUGCGACAGCUGACUUCGAUUAGGCCGAAGCUGCUUAUCAAUCUGCAGCGGAGAUGCGAAGCAUUGCAAGCAGACUAUAUGUCCUCGCACAUGAUACGGAUUGCGAAGUUCGUACAAUCCACGAUGGAUGUCGAGGGUGCCAAAGUCGUGGAGGCAAUAGUUGACCGGGGCCUCAAAUGGAUAGCUCAGCUGUACUCGGGAACUGACAACGAAGCAAGUACGCAGACCAAUGUUGGCCUCGUUGAGGACUUCUCCCGCCCAUCAAGCGCAGAGUCCGUUGCGCAUGUUCUUCAUACGGCCUUCCACCUUCACCCGAGCAACGCCUGCCAACCUACUCACAUAGAACCCUUGCUUCGCCUAUACGGGGGCACCGCAUCUGUUUCUGAUCGACGGCUGCUCGACAUUUUCCAAUUGUUCGAGGUCACCCGCAAGACCUCAAUUGCCUCUCUAUUCCAUCGAUGGUCCGCAUCCCGUGACUCCCGCGCUGGAAGUACUCUUGAGGCUGUGCAAAAUCUAGAUCCCAAUCUCUGCCUGAAAACAUGCCUCUCAUUCCCUGACUGGCGCCGUGCUACCAUCGACUCAGAUGACGAGAACUCAGUGCUCCAUGGUAGUUCCAUGUACGACCCGCUUUUCCUGAUUCUUCUCUUCGCACAAUUACUACAAGAGGGCACACCAACGACAGCCAGUGGCUGGGUCCAGCUCUUCAGAACAAACAUUGCGAGCGUCCUUAUUAGAGCGGUUUCUGCACAAGACGACUUUAUCCGGGCGACUAGUAUCGCCCAGUUGGCUGCGCUCCACAAAUGUCUACAAGAAGCAGACAUGCAAGAGCAGCAGCAUGUAAUCUACGUGCUGAAUUUGCUCAAAGAUGCUAUACCCAAAUCCGAGGAUGAUUCUCCGCCACGUCUUCCAGUAUAUACGACCCUCCUAUUGGCUCACGCUUUGCGCGGUAUCUUCUAUCCCGCCAAUUUCAUCUAUCCGAUCACCGCAAGAUUCCUCCUACAACGCUCGGAAUUGGAUACAGGCGAUGUACCCAUGUUGUUUGGGAUGUUGUACAGCUCGUCUGAACAGUGGAAAAAGGAGAGGGGUUGGAUAGUGCGAUUUCUGUCCGAUGGUAUGGUCAGCUCGGCAGAAUGGAACGUGUUGAAAAGGCGGCAUACCUGGGACUUGUUGGCUAGCCUGUUCCAGAGUGAAGAAAAAGAUAAGGCCCUCCGGCGUGGCGUUCUCGAGAUCCGCCUACCGGCCGAGGAAGAAGCGUUAGCUUGGAUACGCAUCGUCGAGAACAUCUUAGCCGUGUUGGAUUCUGCAAAGAUAGAGCAAUCCACACACGAUGUAUCUCAAGGGUACUCUACAGCCCAACUUGCACAGACGGCGUAUUCUGCGAAGCUGUCCCAGUAG